UAAAUUUUUUAAACUAUUUACUAUUUUUAUUAUACUUUCCUGUCUAUUUUUUUUACGUUAAAUCUGUUCCAAUAGUCUAUCAGUUUUAUUAAAGAAAGACAAUUUGGAGAAAAGCCUGUCCCCCUAAUAUUUUUUAUCGUAUAUUUAUAGGGUUAUACUCCUCUUCACAUUGCUGCCCAAAUGGGUCAUAAAGAUGUGUAUAACCUUCUAAUAGACGUUUAUGGAGCGGAUGCGGACAUACGGGACUACAGUGGCCGCAAGCCAAACCAGUACAAACGAAGCCAAAAUACGGUCGCUAAUAAGGACACAUACAGUGAGUACCACUACAACAACCCUAGUAACGGCAAGCAUGUGCCGCGUACGAAACACCAAAGUUUCCUUCGCAAAAACUUCACCCCCAGCCAUCAGCGUCGCUACAAGUACAACACCGCCGACGCUGCUCCUGCUUCUCCUCCCUCUUCCUCGCUGAUGCCCGACGUCGGUGGAACUGCCGCAGUCGGAGUGCACAGUAGCUUCUUUGGCUCUUACAACACAGGCACUUAUUGAUCAAUCGAGGAAGGGGGACGGAUGAUCGACUCCUGCAUGAAUGCUUUUCGGACGGGCCAUUUUUUUUACUACCCAUUGUUAUGGUUUUUAGUAGGACUACUACACAAUUAUAAACGAUGUCGUUGGGGUUUAUCAAACCACCUUCAUAACACCCCUUACAUUGACCUAAUAGAAUGUAGUUUUAUAAGUUUGGUGUACGCUGCAGAUACUUAAAUAUUGUCACAUUAAUUUUUGCGGUUUUUGGUCUCCGUCACUCACGUCAUUCGUACUGUAAAUUAAGUUUGAUUUCUUUCCUUUGAUUAUUUUUUUUUGUGCUACUUAAGUACGUAUAAAAUUUUCCAAAAUAUGGUAUCAGGACCAUCACAAAAUGACAAUAACUAUCUCCCUUCCCCCAUCUGAUGGGUCCUGACACUUAAUAUUUCAAUAGUUUCUCAGGUAUGAUAAAUUGAUAUCACCUGUAAAAAUGUCAGAUAGCAAUUUAUGAUUUACCAGCGCCCUGAAGGGCGCGUUCUACGGAGAUGAUAAUUAUUUUACAAAUUAAUUAAAUAUUAAUUAAUUAACUACAUUUUUUUAGUUUUGGAUAUCAAUAAAUUUCAUUGAGUACAGUUACAUUUUCUCAAGAUGCUUAACAAACAACUCGCUCAAGUCUUUUGAGUUCUAAUCUAAAAUAGUUUAGAAUUUUUAUUUGACUCGAUGGAUCAUUUAUUAAGCUAAUUAACUGCUAGUUUGAUGUCUGUAUCAAAAGUUGUAGCUUAUUAUAAUUAUUAGCUCCCUCGAAACCGUUUAUUUUAGUUUGAUGUAGUAGUUGUAAACUGUUAAGUAAGUAAGUAGCUUUAGGCAAGUUAGAACUUUGCACGCUGUAUUGGUUUAGAAGAGGUUUGCGAGUUCUUGCUUGAGGGGAGUCUACCAAAGCUUGUUAUUGCAGUAAAAAUAGCGAAGUACUUAUAUUGUAUUUAAAUACUUUGUCGCUUUAUAUAUAGCAAUAUAUUUGGAUAGUAUUAUUCUUGAUAUACCAAAACAGUAUGUACAUAUAUUGUACGUUAUUAUAAUUUAAAUUAUCAUUAAAUAUAACUAAGGGUGCUAUAAAGUCGAUUUAGUAUUCAAGUUUUACUUAAUUAAACAAGUAUUUAUAUAUAUACGCGUACGAACAGGGUCCCCGUUAGUUAAACUUAGUUGUAGUACUAUUUCAUAGUUGAAAGAAGUUUGAAUUUAAAAACUAUGUAAUUAGCACAUUUUACACCUUAUUGUAGUUAUUGUUGAAUGUUGUUCAACUUUUUAACAUCACACUGAAUAUGUUUGGCUGUAGAUACUUUGAAUACAUACCAAAGAUUAAACAGUUAAACAAGAAUAGUUAUACGAGAAAAAAACGUAUAUUUUGUUUUUGUUAUUUUUAUUAGAAAGUAUAAAUAUUUUGUUGUAUUUAUUUUUUGCAGAAUUUAUUGUAUUGUUUUACAUUAUAUUUUUUUGCAUUGGUGGUGGAAUGAAGUAGAAAGCAUGUAUUUGCUUAAUUAGAUAAAUGAAGUUUUUUUUUGUAGUAUAUCCUAUUUAAAUAAAUUUAUUUAUUUAUUUA